AUGUUAGCGACGAGCAUGCCCGACACUGGCGACAUCUACAAAGCAUCGUCGGUGGCCGAGAUACGAGCUACCUUGGAGGAGCUGGGCCAACAGGAAGCUACCGUCACUGCCCGUCUAGAUGCCCUGCUGGCAUCGCAACGCGAUCUUUCGCGCCAAUUGACCAAGCUCGAUCUUGCGAGAGCUCAUCUAGGAUCCCAGGUCAUCCAAACCCGAUCUAUCAGCAAUGGCAUGCUCUCUUCAGCCGCUUCGACCGCCGCUCGCAUUUCUGGCGCCGUCAACCAGCUCGACCGCGAACAAGCCGCCGUGAAAUCCACCUUGAACGUCGUCGACCAGGUCGCCGAGCUCAAAGCCUGUGUUUUGGGUGUCAAUGGCUCCAUGGGUGCCGCCCAAGACUGGGAAACCGCCGCCUCUUACCUCCACCGCGCUUCCCAAAUUCCUGACCACGUCAUUGACGGCGCUUUCGCCCAAGAAAUCGUCCCUACCGCCGAAGUCCCGGAUGCGCCACGAAUCACGCUUACUGAAGCCUCGGAAAGUCUGUGUGGUCUAUUCCUGCGCGAGUUUGACAAGGCUGUGAGCGAGGGAGAUGGUCAGAGGGUCACUCGCUUCUUCAAGUUGUUCCCCUUGAUUGGCAAAUCAGACCAGGGCUUGGAUGCAUACGGUCGCUACGUCUGUACUGGCGUGGCUCAAAGAGCAAGGAACAAUCUCAGUGCAACAAACCAGCGUUCUGAUGGCCUAUUCUAUGCGAGCGCCUUGACCAAGUUGUUUGAGCAGAUCGCCUUGAUUGUCGAUGGUCAUGAACCUCUUGUCGAAAGACAUUACGGCCAGGGCUCCAUGGCCAAAGUUAUUGAGCGCUUGCAAGCAGAAGCAGAUACCCAAGGUGGCAUCGUACUUGACGCAUGGGCUGAUGAGCGCAGCCUUGCAAGAAAGAUCAAGGAUGUCAAAUCAUAUGCUUUUUCCUUUCUUGUCCAGAGCUUCCUCCCUAGCCAAAAGUCUUCUGCCGCAAGAUCUUCAUCUCCCGCCUCUAGUCGUGCUAGUGAGGAUGAGAGUGUCAACAUGAAGGAGAUUGAUGCACUUCUCAUCGAAGAACACAUAGCCAUGCCGGAUCUUCUUGCCAACAGCAGGCUGCACAAGAAGAUUGCAGACGCAUUGAUUGAUCCCUUCAACACCAUGUCCACCUUCUUCUUCCGUCGUUCCGUCGAAAAAGCCUUCCAAAUGGACGAGUCGCCUUUCGAAUUGACCCUUAAUCCAAACAAGCCUCUCGGCUCCAACCCUCCCUUCAUCACCUCUGCAGUCGACGAUGUUAUGUACAUUGUCAACCAAGUACUGCAGCGAACUUUGGCUACGUCACAAAGAUCCGUAGUUGCUAGCGUCAUGCCUUCGGUUAGUCGUGUCCUGACAGGCGACUUCUUCGGCAUGAUCCAACGCAAGAUGCGUGACGAGAGCUAUCCCAAGGCUGCCAUUCAAGGAGCGCUACCACCAGAGAGUGUCAUCAUAUCUUUUCUGGUACUUAUCAAUAACUUGGACGUCUCUACUGACUACCUGCGCCGGAUUGUCAACACUAACCUGGGUAAAGUCGACACCAAUAACCAAAGCCAAAAUCAGCACGCCGCCAUCUCGGAUCUUUUCCCCUUUGCACACGAUGCCGUCUUUGUCGAAAAUGCACUCAGCAAUAUCCUCAGCACCUUCGNNGAGUCCAAGACCAACGAUCUGAUAACCGAAGCUAUUGAGGUACUGCUCAAACAAGUCAUGCGACCACGUCUGCGUCCCGUCUUUGUCGAAACCUUCCGCGAUGUCGAAUACGUCCUUGACGACGAAGCCGCUUCCGAAACCACAGAAUCAGACACUGCAGUUGUCCAACGCUUCGAAAGAGGCUGGAUGCAAUUCACCCGCCCCAUCAAACGCAUCCUCACCGAUCGCACCUACGACGCUUUAAUCACCUCCACAAUUUCUUAUCUUGCUCGCGCACUCGAAAAGCGCAUCUGGAGCUACUACGGCCGUGUCAACGAACGCGGUGCUGCAAAGCUCGAACGCGACAUCUCUGGCAUUGUAAACGCUGCAGUCAAGGGCGGAAAAUACUCGCUCAGAGAUGCUUUCCAGCGAUGCACGGAGAUGACUCUGAUUCUGAAUAUGGAGGAGGAUGAGUGGGAGGAGGUGAGGGCGCAGAGUGUAGAGCAGCAGAGAGAUGCGGGACUUGAAUGGCAUUUGGAUGCUAGCGAGAGAGCGAAGACGAGGAGUAUCAUGACUGACUCGAGGUGA